AUUGGCUGGUGGAGUUACUGAAGCGGUAAUGGCGGAACCUUGUGUCGCCGAAAGUGUAGUUAUGUUCUGUUUCAAUAAACGUGGAUUAAAUUUGAAUUAAUCCGUUUAAUGUGAACUCUUAAAAUGGCGACGUUGGUUUUGGACAACGGAGCGUACACGGCGAAGAUCGGAUACAGUCUGGAGAAAGUCAGUGUCAUUCCAAACUGUCAGUUUCGCUCCAAGACGUCCAGAUUAAAAACCUUCACAGCCAACCAGCUGGACGAGAUCAAAGACCCCUCAGGUCUCUUCUACAUCCUGCCUUUCCAGAAGGGUUACCUGGUCAACUGGGACGUCCAGAGGAAAGUAUGGGAUCACCUGUUUGGAAAAGAGAUGUUCAAGGUGGAGUUUGCAGACACCAGCAUCGUCAUCACAGAGCCCUACUUCAACUUCAGCUCCAUUCAGGAGUCGAUGAACGAGAUCCUGUUUGAGGAGUAUCAGUUCCAGUCGGCUCUCAGGAUCAACGCCGGCUCGCUCAGCGCUCAUCACUACUUCCACGCCAAACCCACGGAGCUCGGCUGCCUGGUGGUCGACUCCGGGUUCUCCUUCACCCACGUCGCCCCCUACUGCCGGAGCAAAAAAAUGAAGGAGGGCAUCCGCAGGAUCAAUGUAGGAGGGAAGCUGCUGACCAACCACCUGAAGGAGAUCAUCUCCUACCGGUAAAUACAGCAAAUGCACGUCUCUGUGGAGGUUUUUACUUAAAAUCAAGACGCGCCCGAGUGAGACAACAUUCUUUCUAAAAAAAUAAAUAAUAUAGUAGGGCUACAACGACUGAUUAGUGUGAUUACUGAUGAACCCAUUGAUCCAUCCACUGGUCCUUCUGUCUUUCAGCCAAAAGAAGAGAUGGUGUUUAAUGGAAAGUACAAGACAGGAGAACAGAUCCUGCGUCUGGCCAAUGAACGCUUCGCCGUCCCCGAGAUGCUCUUCCACCCGUCGGACAUCGGCAUCCAGGAGAUGGGAAUCCCCGAGGCCAUCGUCGACUCCAUCCAGUCCCUGCCGGAAGAGAUGCAGCCCCACUUCUACCAGAACAUCGUCCUGACCGGAGGGAACUCUCUGUUUCCGGGCUUCAGGGAGCGUCUGGAGGCGGAGCUUCGAUCGCUGGCCCCCGCCCACCUCCCCGUGUCGGUGCUGCUCCCUCCCAAUCCGGUGUGUUAUUCGUGGGAAGGAGGGAAGCUUCUGGCCCACAACCCCGACUACGACGAGAUGGUGGUGACUCGGGAGGACUACGAGGAGAACGGACACUGCAUCUGUGAAGACAAGUUUGAUAUCUGACUGAGCUGAAGCUGAACUGGAUCCGUCUGUUCUGGAUUCAACACGGACUCAAACAAGCGAAAUAUGACGUUCCUUCUGCAGCACUUGGAUUUUAUUUUAGUGUCACCAUGUGCUGUUAAAUGGUGUAAACAGUGUUGGACUAAUUACACUGUGACACCACAUCCAACCAGACUACAGACUUCUUUACCUUUUGUUUAUAUUUUCGUCACAUGCCUACUUUUUCUGUCUUCAACAAGCGUAGAGGAAACUUUCUGAAAUCCAGGAAGAACCUGAAGUGAUUUAGAUUCAAAGAAAGAUUUUGAGACGUCUUUUUUUACGUAAUAAUAAAGACAAAAGAGGUAAAUGUAUGUUAUUUUUUUAUUUCACAUUGUUUUUUUAUUGAGUCUUUUGAAGUGAAGAGCUCAUAGAUGAUGACAAGAAACCUUCAUCAUCAUCAUCAUCAUCAUCAUCAUCACAGUGUUACAGACGUAGACAACACACGACAUGAUGUGGAAAACACAAUAAAACAAUUUUUUGUGUC